AAUUCUAUGAUCUUUAAAGCUUAAAAAUUAGGUUAGAUUUAAAUUGAAAAUAUAUAGGUAAAUAAUAUGGUGGACGAAAGUACAAGAAAAACUUUAAGUAAUAUCCCACUAUUGAAGACUAAAGCAGGACCUAGAGAUAAAGAACUUUGGGUACAACGAUUAAAAGAAGAAUACCAAUCUUUAAUCAAGUAUGUCCAAAAUAAUAAAGGAUCAGAUAAUGAUUGGUUUAGGCUCGAGUCCAAUAAAGAAGGCACUAAGUGGUUUGGUAAAUGUUGGUACAUUCACGACUUACUAAAAUACGAGUUCGAUGUGGAAUUUGACAUUCCUAUCACUUAUCCCACAACUGCGCCCGAAAUCGCUUUACCUGAACUCGAUGGGAAAACGGCAAAAAUGUACAGAGGAGGAAAAAUUUGUUUGAGCGAUCAUUUCAAACCGCUAUGGGCUAGAAACGUUCCUAAAUUUGGAAUAGGGCAUGCAAUGGCUCUUGGGCUUGGACCGUGGUUAGCAGUGGAAAUUCCAGAUUUAAUAGCUAAAGGAGUGAUAUCGUAUAAAGAAAAAACUGGGCAAUCAUAACACUAAUUAAUCGUUAAUAACAAUUAUGUAAAAUUUACUCCAUGUUGCUCGGAAUGGUAUAGAAAAAAAGGUAUUUCAAUACUUAUAAGUAAAUUAUUUGCAGCAUUUCUACAGAUGUAUAAAAUAUUAUAUAAUUCUUUUAAUUUUGUAAUUAAUUAAAUACAGGUUUCAAAUUUUAUACUUAAAUACCAUUUCUAAUAUUUAAUGAAAAUAUAUGUUUUUCUAUUAUAUAUAAUGUUUAUAAAAAUAUAUUUUUUUCCAAUAAAA